ACGGUGUCAGACUGGAUUAUUUCUGCAGUGGGACAUAUACACAUAUUGGACCGGGCCUUGGCGGGCCGCUGGGGGGCGAGCGAGCGAGGAAAGGGGCCGGCUUCAGUUUGGGCCUACUAGGCCGCGCCUGGGAAGAAGACGGAGGAGGAGGAGGAAGAGGCUCGGGUCCCCGGUUGUCCUCCUCUGUUCCUCGGCGGCCAUGCCUUACGCCAACCAGCCCACGGUCCGCAUCACGGAGCUCAGCGACGAGAACGUCAAGUUCAUCAUCGAAAACACAGACUUGGCAGUAGCCAAUUCCAUCAGGAGAGUGUUCAUCGCUGAAGUUCCCAUCAUAGCUAUAGACUGGGUGCAGAUAGAUGCCAACUCUUCUGUCCUCCAUGAUGAAUUCAUUGCGCAUAGACUAGGUCUGAUCCCACUUACCAGUGAUGAUGUUGUUGAUAAACUGCAGUAUUCCAGGGAUUGCACCUGUGAUGAGUUUUGCCCUGAGUGUUCGGUGGAGUUUACACUUGAUGUCCGAUGCAACGAAGACCAGACCCGUCACGUCACGUCUCGCGAUCUCAUCUCCAACAACCCUCGGGUUAUACCAGUGACAUCCCGGAGCAGAGAUAAUGACCCCAAUGACUACGUUGAGCAGGAUGACAUCCUUAUUGUCAAGUUGCGAAAAGGUCAGGAGCUGAGGCUUCGGGCCUAUGCCAAGAAGGGCUUUGGCAAGGAGCAUGCCAAGUGGAAUCCCACUGCAGGAGUGGCCUUUGAGUAUGACCCGGACAAUGCACUUCGGCACACCGUCUACCCUAAGCCAGAGGAAUGGCCAAAGAGUGAAUACUCUGAAAUUGAUGAAGAUGAAGCUCAGGCUCCAUACGAUCCCAAUGGGAAGCCAGAGAGGUUUUAUUACAACGUGGAAUCCUGUGGCUCUCUGCGGCCCGAGACCAUCGUCCUCUCAGCCCUCUCUGGCUUGAAGAAGAAGCUGAGCGACCUCCAAACCCAGCUGAGCCACGAGAUCCAGAGUGAUGUGCUGACCAUAAACUGAUCCUCAUCUGUGUCCAGGAGUAGCCCUAGUUUCCAGGAAUUCAGGCUAAAAGCCCAGAGCGGAUGUACUGAUACGAGAGGUACCAAAAGGCGGCUGCUUCCAUCUUCCGUAAAUUGCUGACUGCGUUAGAAGGUCUUGUUAAUCUCGCCCUGAGCAAAAUUCCAAUUAUUUGGGCAUGACAAUAGCAGGUUUCACAGACUGAAUAAACUGGGUUGCCGUUGAUCAUAAAUUAGGAUUCCCUGUUUCCUUCCAGCAGUCUGGGCGCUCGCAGACGCUUUUGGAUAUGUUUGCACAUUCUUGAGACAAGCAAGGCCUUGCUCGACUCAUAAAUGCCAAUACCUGGCACCGCCUUCUCCCACCCUCCCUUUCUCCGUUCCCACCUGGUGCAAAUUGAACCUGGAGUAAGAGAUACAGCAAUAGGUAAUAGCAGCAGAUACUCCAGCAUCUUGGUGCAACAUCCUGGGAAAGUGACUUUUUGACUACAGGUCCCAGAAUCCCCAAAACUGGCUGGGGGCUUCUGGAAGUUGUUGCCCAUACAAAUAACUUCCUUGGCCCCAUCCUUGUACUCAUUGUAAUCUAGAAUAACGAUUUACCAUAUUUACCUUCUAGAUGCACACUUUCACACACGCUUAGUAAAUAGAGAUAGGUUAAGGGGAUGUAAAUAUGUGUAAAUACGUUAAGUAGAAAUUUUACCUGUCGCCCGAAGAAAGGAAGGAAUGGUUGAUAUCAUUGAAAGGUUAUGACUUCGUUGGAAUUGAGGAAGCUUUGUUGUAUGUUGUUGUCGGUGUAUGGUAUGUGUAAGGUAUGUUUGCGAGCUAUGUCUAUAUUGUGACUGGCAUCCAUAAUUUUUUUGUGGGUUUUGGGGGCUAUGUGGCCGUGUUCCAGAAGAGUUUAUUCCUGAUGUUUCUCUGAAGAUGCCAGUCACAGAUGCUGGCAAAACGUCAGGAAUAAACUCUUCUAGAACAUGGCUAGAAGAGCCCCAAAAACCCACAAACACCAUGUCUAAAUGGCUUAUUUGUAAGGUAUGUCUGCAAUAUGUGUAAUGUUUCCAUGUAAGGUAUGUGUCCCUUAUUGUUUUUGAUAUAAUAAACUUUGCAUUAAAAAAUAAAUGACCAGGGAGCCACAGAAGUAGUUUUUAGGAUAGAAAUCCUUCCUCUCUGCCUCCCUGUAUGGCCAAGAUCUCUCAUUCCUACUUUCCUUCCGCACCCUGUUCAUGACGUUCCCAGUUUCGAGCCUCCUGGGUCGGGUUCUUGCCCAGCAAGUUCAUCAUUAGCCUUUAAUUAAAAAUAAUAAUAGUAAUAAUAAAGGUACCUAAACUAGACCCGGGACUAUAGAAGAGCCAGAAGCUUGGCUGUGUCUCUACCUGCUGGCUCUUCUUGUAAUUUUUCAAUCUGCGCCAGGUGGGUCCUCCUUGCCCCGGAGGGAAGUUUUGUCUCCCCGACUGUCUCUUUCUGCCAAACUGUCUCUUCGGUUCCCAGUUCCCUGAGGUUGCCACCAGUUUGCCUCCAGCUCAGCUUUCAGUCUUUCUUCUGGAGCAGGUUUCGGUGUUGGAAGAGGGCCCUUUGGCAGAAAAGCAGACAGACGGAGCCGUCUCACCAUCACCAUCUUCCCUGUUUCCAUCAUUUCUCGUGAGAAAAUAAAUAAUCUUGAUAAACCUUCCACCACCAGAAAUAAUGCAGUUCGACACCGCUUUAGCUGCCAAGGCUCAAUGCCAUGGAGUUCUGGGAUUUGUAGUCUGCUGGGGUCUGGCGAGAACCAGACUCUUGCAUAACAGCAAGGAUUUCUUGUUGUGUGCCUGCAAGUCCUUUCCGACUUAUGGAAACUCUAAGACCAACCUACCAUGGGGUUUUCUUGGAUUUGUUCAGAGGGGGUUUGCCAUUGCCUUCCUCUGAGACUGAGAGAGUGUGACUUGCCCAAGGUCCCCCAGUGGGUUUCCAUGACCAAGCAGGGAUUCGAAUUCUAGUCUCCAGAGCAUUAGUCCAACACACCAACCAUUUGUUCUUGCUGCAUGCCUUCAAGUCAUUUCUGACUUAUGGUGGCAAACCUAUCCUGUUAUUUUCUUGGCUAGUUUCUUUAGAGGGGGUUUGCCAUUGCUUUACCCUGAAGCUGAGAGAGUGUGACUUGCCCAAGGUCUCCCAGUGAGUUUUGUGACCAAACCCGGAUUCGAACCCCGGUCUCCCAGAGUCAUAAUCCAACCCUCAAACCACUACAGCGCACUGGCUCCCAGUAUAGCUCCCAAUAAUAUAUUGCUGCCAUGAAAACGUCCUUUAUCUUCUAUCAUCAUCACAUCAUCAUUAUCAUCACAUUUAUUUAUAUCCCACUCUUUUCCCAGAACUGGGACCCAGAGCAGCUCACAACAUUAAAAGAACGAUACAGGUGAAAACAUAGAAAAGCUAUACAUUUAAACAGAAUUAAAUGGUUAAAAUAUGAAAAUGCGCUCAAGUAAGUGUGUCCAAACUUUUGCGCAAGUGAUGGACAUUCAUUUGAGAAUGGUAAACUGGUCUUUUGAUUGAAAACUCGACAAGCUGGUGUUUUUUUCCCCAAAAUUCACAUUUUAUUUCCUUCCGCCUGCAUUAAAAAGUUACAAAAUACACCUUUUUGGCUCGAAAAGAAACUCCCCUUUUUUGACAUUUGUAUUUACAGAGAUGAAGGCUCUCUGUUUAUUGGCAACAGCUGCAUUUCUCGGAUGACGGCUCUUUGCAGACGCAGCCCUUGGCACAAUGGUCGCAGCUGGCCGGGCAACAAGAACAGCAGCCUGGAAAGAAAGAAAAGAAGGUGGAAUUGUAACACAGGUCGAACUGAACACCACCUUGGCUGCAUCUGUGCUGCAGAAAUAAUGCAGUCUGACGCCACUUUAACUGCCAUGGCUCCAUGCUAUGCAAUUCUGUGAUUUGUAGCUUGUUGUGGCACCAGAGCGCUCUGACAUGGAAGGCUAUCACACAAAACUACAAUUCCCAGAAUUCCAUAGGAUGGAGCCAUGGCCGUUAAAGCGGCAUCAUCAAACUGCUUUAUUUCGACAGUGCAGAUUCAGCCCUUGAGAAUACAAGCUUGCAGCAUAUGCAAGUCUUUUGUAAUAUAUGUCACCAUCUGCCUGUGCUUUGUAUGUUGUUUUUAAAUAGCUGUUGUUCUUUUACUGGUUUUAUGGAUAAAUUAAUGAUAUUUUCAAACUUUUGUAAUAUAUAUAUAUAUAUAAGCUAGGUCUUUUUUAACUGUCAUACUUAGCUACAUUGCAAGUCACAUUGCAAGGUGUUGUAAGCCACCCUGAGUCUUUUGUAAUAUAUAUAUAUAUUGAGGACAGGGUAUUUGGCCACAAUUGUACAGAAUGGUUGAGAUGAAUGACUUCCAGAAGAAGUUGACCAUUGAGUCACACUGGAAGACCUAGACAUUUCUAAAGAGAGCACCUCUCUAGGCAUUUCUAGGUCCUCCAGUAGGACUCUAUGGUCAACAUGUGGCCCAAGCAUGUCAUAGAAUUGCACUGGAGGACCUAGAGAGAACAUAGUUUUUCAUACAUGGGUCAGUGAAACCAGGGUUACUAGUCCUGCUGAUAUUGGGGGAGGGUCAUAUUGUACGUUAAUUCCCUAGCUUUGCUUUCUUUAAAAAGUGGAACUCACUUUUUUUGCAUGAGGUGCAUUUGCAAUUUUUGCAUUUGCAGGAACCAGCGCAGGUGCAAUGUCCGCCUGGAAGGAGAGAAAAAGAGAGAGAAAAAAUACAAGUGAGAAUCGAAAUUAAAAGAUGCAUUUCCAUUGAUAGAACGUACCAUUAUAUACCUGCAAUUACAGUCGGCCCUCAGUACCCACAAAUUCUUUACCCAUGGAUUCAACAUCGACGGAUUAAAUGCCCAAAGGCAAACCUUGAUUUUGCCAUUUUAUAUAAGGGACACCAUUUCACCAUGCCAUUGUAUUCAAUGGGACUUGAGCAUCCAGAUUAAAAUAUUGUUAGAGGCAAAUCUGCUGGGCCCAAACUACCAAAAUCUCAGAAUAAGAGUCAGGGCAAUCAAAGUGGUGUCAAACGGCAUUCAUCCUGCGGUGCAGAUUGGACCCAAAUUGAAUCAAAAUAUAAAUCCCAGGAUCUCAUAGCAGUGAACCAGGGCAUUCAAAACGGUGUCAAAUGGCAUUAAUCUUGCAGUGCAGAUUGGACCCAAAUUGAAUCAAACU